CCCCGCCCUCUCCUCCUCCUUCUCCUCCCCGCUCUGCACACAAGGAAGGAGCUACAGGACACACAGCCGCGUCUACCGUCUCCGCUCUCAGCCGGACACAGCCGCCCUCCUCCUCCCGACACCCAGCCGGAGCCAUGAGCUGGGGCACGGAGCUAUGGGAUCAGUUCGAUAAUUUAGAGAAGCACACACAAUGGGGUAUAGACUUCUUGGACAAAUAUGCCAAAUUUGUGAAAGAGAGGCUAGAAAUCGAGCAGAACUAUGCAAAACAACUAAGGAAUUUGGUGAAGAAGUAUUGUCCAAAGAGGUCAACUAAAGAUGAAGAACCAAGGUUCACAUCUUGCGCAUCCUUCUAUAAUAUCCUCAAUGAACUUAAUGACUAUGCUGGACAGCGUGAAGUGGUGGCAGAAGAGAUGGGACACAGAGUUUACGCAGAAAUAAUGAGAUAUUCCUUGGAUCUGAAAGCAGAGAGAAAAUCGCAUCUUCAAGAGGGGAGGAAAGCCCAGCAGUACCUGGACAUGUGCUUUAAACAGAUGGACAAUAGUAAAAAGAAGUUUGAAAGAGAAUGCAGGGAGGCAGAGAAGGCACAACAGGGCUUCGAGAGGCUGGACAGUGACACUAAUGCCACCAAGUCUGAUGUGGAGAAGGCAAAACAACAGCUUAACCUGCGAACACACAUGGCUGAUGAAAGUAAAAAUGAAUACGCCGCCCAACUGCAGACCUUCAAUGCUGAACAAAAUAAACAUUUCUACAUUGUUAUCCCACAAGUUUACAAGCACCUUCAGGAAAUGGAUGAGCGGAGGACUGUUAAGCUGAGCGAGUGUUACAAAGGUUUUGCUGACGCAGAACGUAAAGUUAUCCCAAUUAUCUCCAAGUGCUUAGAUGGAAUGGUGCAGGCUGGCAAGUCUGUAGAUGAGCGCAAGGAUUCUCAGAUUGUGGUGGACUGCUUUAAAUCUGGUUUUGAACCCCCUGGGGAGUACCCGUUCGAAGAUUACAGUCAACACAUGUACAGGACAGUUUCAGAUGGUACCAUCAGUACUCCUAAACCGGAUGUAACGAGGAAUGACCCCAAGAUUACAAUUGGCAAGGCUAAGGGGAAGCUGUGGCUCUUUGGAAAGAAACCCAAGUGGUCGUUAAGGAUGCAACCCUGGAGUCACAAAAGAGGACCUUCUUUAGAAGAUUUUAGUCACCUUCCUCCAGAGCAGAGACGUAAGAAGCUGCAGCAAAGAAUUGAUGAACUAAACCGAGAGCUUCAGAAGGAAAUUGAUCAAAAAGAGGCCCUAAAUAAAAUGAAAGAUGUGUACGAGAAGAGCCCACAAAUGGGAGACCCUAGCAGCUUGCAACCAAAAAUAUCCGAAACCAUGAGUAACAUUGAAAAGCUAAGAAUGGAAAUUCAUAAAAAUGAGGCUUGGCUAUCAGAGGUGGAAGGCAAAGUUUUACAAAGGAGCGAGAGGAGGCACAGCUCGGAGGCAAAUCACCUUGUGGCACAAGGAAGAGAGAGCCCAGAGGGAAGCUACACAGAGGAUGCCAACCAAGAGGGCAGAAUCCAGCCACAGCCUCAUGUCCAUUCAGAAUUUGAUGAAUUUGAUGAUGAUGAUGACCCGCUUCCAGCCAUAGGACAUUGCAAAGCACUCUAUCCUUUUGAUGGUAAUAAUGAAGGCACUCUGUCUAUGAAAGAAGGUGAAGUUAUGUACAUUAUUGAGGAAGAUAAAGGAGAUGGCUGGACAAGAGCAAGGCGACAGAAUGGAGAGGAGGGCUAUGUCCCCACGUCAUACAUAGAUAUUACUCUAGAGAAAAACAGUAAAGGUUCCUGAAGAGGGUGUCUGUGAACCUGGGCGAGAUGUGGAAGGCGUUUACAUGCAGCUUCUUUUAAGGGGAGGGGAUUAGGUCGGGGGACACAUGUGAGAACAUCAACACGCAUGUACGCAUGAUACAUACAUACAUUAUUCACUAACUUACAGACACCCUGAUUUCUAUAUUUUUUUGGGGGGGACGUGGUGCAUUUUCCGCUUCUGCCAGAAAGUGCAUCAGGUAUCUGCCCUUCAUCAUUUCACCUUUUCAUUGUACAAAUAUUUAACUGGAAAACAAACUAGUGAAUGUUUUGCUGCACUUUUGCCUUUAUUUAAAUUUGAAUCCCGCAGUCUCCGUUCUAGGUUCAUCACUGUGGAACCGUGGUCUAUACUACGUUGAGGAUCUUGCACUCUUUCCUGAAACCAAAAUCAAUGCAGCUAAUGUUUCCCAUAAACCUCAGGUUGCUGUCUGAGGUUUUCUAACUUACCACUGCGGUCCAUAAUUCCAAUGUUUACAUAAUCAGAAUCAGUCCACAGUAAUUUGCUUGUAAUUAAGCAGCACUUUGAAUAUUCACUAGAGUGUUUUGAUUCUUCAUCGCUAUGAGGCUGGGUGCCUUCAGGAUGUUAACUUGCCAAUAUCUGCCUGUGCCAUCUGCAUUAUUGACGCUAAUCCUUCCCAUCUGCAUGAAUGAUGCUUCUGUCCAUAACUGUAUUCCAUUGCCUGAUUUUCCUUCCACAGUCUGUACUUCUAGACCGCCAUUCUGUCAGAACCACUAUUUUUUUUCCCCUCAACCACCAAUCACUAAAUAUCUUUUAUGCCAUUUUUUUUUUACUUUUGCUGCUACGAAUCUUCAUCUUUUCUGAUAACUUAUUACAUUCCAGUUUUUUUUUAUUUU